UUGUGCUUAACUUAAUCUUGUGGUAGUUGUGCGUCCAAAUUCAUUCAAAAACCUCAAAUAAAAUGUUCAAAUUGAUCGUUACCCUGUCUGCACUCUGCGCCGUCACCUCCGCCGGCUAUCUGGGUGGUUAUGGUCUCGGUGGACAUGGUUUGGGUUAUGGCUUAGGUUAUGGCGGUUACAGUGGUAUUGUUGCACCAGCCGCCUAUCAUGCUCCCCUUGUGGCAUCAGCGCCAAUUGUGAAAACCUACAGCGCACCAAUUGUAGCUGCACCUAUUGUGAAGACUAUCGCGCCUGUUGCUACCUCAUACGCCAACACCUACAAAGUGUCCACCAAUUCCAUACCCAUAGUGCAUGCUGCUCCUGCUGUUUACGCCGCACCUGCCUACCACGGCUCGUUGGGUCAUUAUGGUCUUAACUACGGUGGUUACGGUCAUGGUCUGUUGCAUUAAGCGUAUGGAUGUGAUGUUCGAAAAAUUUAUGGAUCAUUUGGAAUGUGGAUAUUGAAAAGGACUUACGAUUUACCAAACAUAAACUCAACGUAAAAAUUAUGUUAAUAGAAGACUACGAUUCACAGUGUGGACUUGUAAUAAAUCACAAUAUUUUAAGUUACGCGAAUAUUCAUAAAGAUUUGUCAUAAAUGAGUCUUUACAACACCAAGGUGAUUCAAUUUUGUAAAAAAAAAAAAAUUAUAUACAUAUAUAUAUAAGAGAGACUUGAGUGAGUGAAUAAGUGAGGUCAAACAUAUUUUUAAAUCUACAUUCACACAUACAUAUGGAUGUGUAUGAACGUACAUAAGUGGUAGCAAACGUUGAUGUGAGCGAGCUGAGCAGAGAAACUUUUCUUUCAAUAACAUACGAAUAUUUUGUUCCCAAAUUUUUUGUUUAUUUCUUUCAUUUAUUAAAGAAAGCGUCUAAGUUUUAA